AUGCUUAAGGCGCUGCCUCUGAACACAAAAGAAAGAGAACAGUCGGACAUGGCUGAUUUGGAGAUACUUGGAAGCAUUUCAUUUGACCUGAAAAUUAACAAAGAAAGCGAGAUUAAAAAUGCAUUUGUCUCUUUGGUUUCAAAGCUGGGGACAAGAGAGUUUCUGGAAGAAUACUCAAUCCUGUACUCCAAAAUACUCGUUAUCCACAAAGAAAAGAGCAACAGCCUGUUCCACCCAUGCGUCUCAGAGCUGGAGUUUGAGCACUCUAUAGAAGAAGAAAGCUCUUCUACUCCAGAAGAAGUCAGCACAGUGCUGGACUCCUGCAUACUAAAAGAGAUAUCAAUAAGCACUGAUUAUGUAAAUAAAAUUUAA